UUUUCAGGCGCCCGGGGGCGGAGAAAGGGGAGCGCGCGUGCGCGCGCCCGGCCGGCUGUCGCCGCGGUGACCGUCCUCGGAGUCCGUCGGCUCGCGCCCCGCCCCCGUCCCUGCUGCCCCCUCCCCUGUCGCGCGCGGGGGGUGUUUCUCGCUCCUCCCGAGUUGCCGCGGUCGCCUCUGCUCCUCCUCUCCCAGUCUUGGGUUUCCCUGGCGCUGCUGCCGCCGCUACCUCUGCGAUCUGUAUGAGGAGGAGGAGGAGGAGGAUGUGAAGAUGGCGGAGCUGCAGAUGCUGCUGGAGGAGGAAAUCCCGGGGGGCCGCCGGGCCCUCUUCGACAGUUACACAAAUCUGGAACGGGUGGCGGAUUACUGCGAGAACAACUACAUCCAGUCAGCGGAUAAGCAGCGAGCCCUAGAAGAAACCAAAGCCUACACCACCCAGUCCUUAGCAAGUGUUGCCUAUCUGAUAAAUACAUUGGCCAACAAUGUCCUGCAGAUGCUGGAUAUCCAGGCAUCCCAGCUACGGAGGAUGGAAUCGUCAAUCAAUCAUAUUUCACAAACUGUUGAUAUUCAUAAAGAGAAAGUUGCAAGAAGAGAAAUUGGUAUUUUAACUACCAACAAAAACACUUCAAGGACACAUAAGAUUAUUGCUCCGGCCAACCUUGAACGACCAGUUCGUUAUAUUAGAAAACCUAUUGACUAUACAAUUCUAGAUGAUAUUGGACAUGGAGUAAAGUGGUUGCUUAGAUUUAAGGUGAGUACCCAGAAUAUGAAGAUGGGUGGGCUGCCGCGUACAACACCUCCAACUCAGAAACCCCCCAGUCCCCCUAUGUCAGGGAAAGGGACACUUGGGCGGCACUCCCCCUAUCGCACACUGGAGCCAGUGCGUCCUCCAGUGGUACCAAAUGAUUACGUACCUAGCCCAACCCGUAAUAUGGCUCCCUCGCAGCAGAGCCCUGUGAGGACAGCUUCUGUGAAUCAAAGAAAUCGAACUUACAGCAGCAGUGGGAGUAGUGGAGGAAGCCACCCAAGUAGUCGGAGCAGCAGUCGGGAGAACAGCGGAAGUGGGAGUGUGGGAGUUCCCAUUGCUGUUCCCACUCCCUCCCCUCCCAGUGUCUUUCCAGCCCCUGCUGGCUCUGCUGGUACUCCUCCCCUUCCUGCUACUUCCGCCUCUGCCCCCGCCCCUCUUGUUCCUGCUUCUGUCCCUUCCUCCACUGCCCCAGACGCCGCUGCUGGGGGUGCCCAGACCCUUGCUGAUGGCUUCACUUCUCCAACUCCCCCUGUUGUUUCUUCCACCCCCUCUACAGGUCAUCCUGUUCAGUUCUACAGCAUGAAUAGACCUGCCACUCGCCAUACUCCCCCAACAAUAGGGGGCUCGUUGCCCUAUAGACGCCCCCCUUCCAUAACUUCACAAACAAGCCUUCAGAAUCAGAUGAACGGAGGACCUUUUUAUAGCCAGAAUCCAGUAUCUCUUGCUCCUCCUCCUCCCUCCAUCCUACAGGUAACUCCUCAGUUACCUUUAAUGGGAUUUGUGGCCAGAGUUCAAGAAAAUAUUUCAGAUACACCACCACCACCACCACCUGUGGAGGAACCAGUCUUUGAUGAAUCUCCGCCUCCGCCUCCUCCCCCAGAAGAUUAUGAAGAGGAGGAAGCAGCUGUGGUUGAGUAUAGUGAUCCUUAUGCUGAGGAGGACCCUCCGUGGGCUCCGAGGUCUUAUUUGGAAAAGGUUGUGGCAAUUUAUGAUUAUACAAAAGACAAGGAAGAUGAGCUGUCCUUUCAGGAAGGAGCCAUUAUUUAUGUCAUCAAGAAGAAUGACGAUGGUUGGUAUGAGGGAGUUAUGAAUGGAGUGACUGGGCUCUUUCCCGGGAAUUACGUGGAGUCGAUCAUGCAUUACUCUGAGUAAAGCUCGGCAUGGCUGUUUCCCUCGCAGGAAUAGUCAGGUCUUCCCAGAUUAUCAAAAGGCCCUGGGAUUCCCCUCCAGUGAAAUGAAUGAAGGAUACAAAUGAUAAAAACUACUUACUGUUUUUUUUCUUUUUUUCGGUUUAUCCCCCAGUAUUAAAACAAACAAAAAAAGCAAGCUGAGUGUGAACAAUUGGAUCUUUCCGUCAUCAUUUGUACUAUGCUGAGCUAUCUGGAUUGAAAUAAAGUGACCAUUUCUGAACAUGUCACAGGUAUAACAGCGUAACUAUGUAAAACAAAUCAGGUUAAGACUGAUUCAGAACAAAAUCUGGGAUCUUUCUCAGGAAUACUGUACACCCGUGGGAUUUCUCCUCCUGCAGAGUCUGUGGCAUUGGAUGUUCUUCAGGGCCUGUGCUAGGGGUUAGCCCUGUGGCGACCGCAUACCCGGCUGCACAGCCUGCUUUCUUCCACUUGUGUUAGGAGGGGGGGACCCAUGUUUAAAUACCAUACUUAACCAUUUUUAUAGUUUCAGAUGGCUCAUUUCCUCUUUAACACUGUAAAUCCUUCAUUCUCUCAGCACCAGAGUUCAUGCUGAAUUGACUUGCACCCCUUCAUGUUUCUGUUUGUAGAUGAUGAGGGUGAUGAAAUGAGUCUCCAAACAUCCUGAGGGUGUUUGACAAUUGCCCGUGUGAUUGUAAUGUGCUGCUGCUGUGUGAGGCUGCGUUGCCACUAGUGGCCAGUGCGCCACAGGUGUGAGGUGCUGUAGCCCGUCUCACAUGCUGACGUGGGCGCAUGGAGCUAGACGUGAGGGUUCCCUAAGUUUUUGGAGAUUGAACUGUGGAAACGCUCUGCUCAGUAGGCAUCCUAAAUCCGUGCCUUAGGCGCUAUUUGGAGGAGGAGGAUCUUGGAAGUCAGACCAACUAUUUCUUUGCUUCUUUCACAAUUUAGAAAAACUUUUUUUUUUUUUUAAAAUAGCAGUUAUUUUCAAAUUUCUUGAUAGUCGCUGGGAAUAAAACGCUUGCUACUACUGUGCUCUCAGAAUGUUACUAAUGGCCAGUGUUAGCUGCUGCUGAGUUGUGUAUUCGCUUACCUCUACAAAAUGUAGUCUCCUGAUUUUGUGGUUGGCUUUUGAAGUUACUGCCUUGCUAAGAAUUUGAACCUUAUAUCUCAGAUUGAGAAUAGUGGGAGGGCCAAUUACAUAGAUAAAAACUGAUACAACGUUGAGAAAAACAAAGUAUUGAUUUAUCUGCCUAAUUAUACCUUCAAAUUCAGUGGUUUGUAAGGCUUUUAAUCAUCACUUCUGUAAUCAGUAUUAAUAAUUUUAUUAAUCCAGGAGGGCUUGCUGCUUAGCGUGUGGAUAUUGCGGUGAUAGAAUAGCUCACGGUCAGGCCCAAAGCUGUCGUGGGUUCUUCCCAGUCCCAGUGACUUGGCCAGAAGAGAGCUUUGCCAGGUAACUUCCCUGUGUUGGGCCAAAAGGGAGAAGCAAUAGCUGCCUAUACAAUUGACCCUUGGACUGCACAGGUUUGAACUGCAUAGGUCUACUUAUACGUGGAUUGUUUUUCAAUACAUGUACAGUUGGCCCUCCAUAUCCCCACGGUUUGCAUUUAUAGAUUCAACCAAAUACUAUUUUGAUCCAUAGUUGGGAAUCCACAGACGUGGAAGACCAACUGUUUACAUUGUUUUAUACCAUUUCAUAUAAGGGACGUGAGUGCCUGAGGAUUUUGGUAUCCAUGGGGGGUCCCUCACAGAUACUGAGGGCUUACUAUAAAGUUUUGGGGAAUCAACAGUUAUAGGUGGAUUUUCAAUUGCAUGGGAGUCAGUGCCCCUAAUCCCUAUUGUUCAAGGGUCAACUGUAUUUCACAUGUAGGCCUUGAACAUGAGAUAGUGCAGAUAGAGGAAUUUGAUUGAAAAAGGAACAUGCGUGUUAGUGUGUGAGGGAAUUCAGAUGGUGUAGGCAGAAGUUAACAUUCCAUAUGUGAACCUGUUACCUGAGCACAAAACUUCAUCACCAUUUAACUGAAACCCAGAUAUAGAGUUCCCUUAUCUUUAUUUUUGUUUUAACGUUGCAGGGUUUCCGCCCACAUAUUGCAAAUCAGCUAUUUUGCUUUUAGCUCUCGCCAACACUUUGAAUUUAGCUUCCAUUCACUUGCCUCCAGUCUACAUUCCACUUCAUGCUUCUGUUAGGUCAGCUCGACAUCGUUGAUUCUGGUUUCCUUCAAAGUAAAGAGCCUGGCUGACCUCUGAGCCUUCAGCUUCAUUAUGACCCAACCUAGACUAUACUUGUGUAAGUUCAACUCUUCUUAGUGUUGGUUUGUAACUAGGAAAUCUUUGGAGAUUAGAUGUUCCAGUUACUUAUUUCAAUAGCUUUUUGUUGAGAAAGCCUAGUGGAUUUAAUAAGGCAUAGGGUAUUUUGAAGUCCAACAAACAGUUUCCACAGCUCACACCUACAGAAGCAGAGAACUGUGCAACAAGAGGUGGUGGUCGGCUUGCUUGGUGGACCCCUGCUAGAAGGGGGGUGCAGAAGACACUGGUGAAGGCCUGCAGCAGGGGUCCAUGGGUCCACUGAUGUUUUCUGUAUCAUUUAGAACUAAUGUGAAUGUGACUUCUUUUUAAAAACAAUACCUGUUGGAUUUUCUGCAUAUUUUAACUUUUUGUAGUUUUGAAUUCUAUAUAUUGUUGGAAAGAUACUAUGUAAUAAUGAUGGGCCAGGCCUACAGUAAUUGGAGACUUUUAAUGUAUGUAAUAUUUCAUAGAUUGUAUGCUAUUAAUAGUCUGAGGGUAGUAUUUCUUGUUUUAUCAUAACUUCCCCCCAUUUUUCUUUUUGUCAACUAUGAGACAAGACAGUUGGCAGUAGGAAUUCCAGAUGAAUGUAGAAAUCUUACAUGCUACAUAAAAUGUGGCAAGGAUGAUCCAAGUCCAAAAUGUGCUGACCAGUGAGCAACUGUGUUAUCAAAAUAGAGAGAACCUCAUGGGAGGGGAUGUUUCCCUCCUGAAAUGUUUCUUUUUGACUUGGUAUUAGCUCCCCUUUUUCUUUCUUUCUUUUUUUUUUUUAAGUGAAGAGUUGUUCCUUUUUUAGAAACAUUUUUUUGGUAUUGUUUGAAAGGCCAUGGGAAUAUGGAUGAAAAUACACUUGUUGUUGACCUUAUGGCUAAGGCAAUAAAUCUGAAACAAAAAUAGUGUUAAUGUGUCAAAAUCGAGACCUGAGAGAUUCAGUCUGCUGUGUUUGAAAAAAAUAUGAAUCUUGUAAGAUGUCUUCUCAGUAUUUCCCAUCUUUUGGCCACUUGCUGUCUCCCUCAGGGGCACCUCAGGGCUGGCAAGGGCCUGUGUUUCGCUGGUUCCCGAGUCACCAGUGAGACAUCUGACCCUCCCCUCCCUUCCCCCCUCACUUCUGCUUAUUACCCAGCUAGAGACUGUUUUGUGCAUCUUUACAGUGAUGUUGGUAACGGAGUUGUGCUCCUUAGCAGUCUAUGUUAAGAUGAUUACUUAAGAUUUUUCUGUUUGAGAGGCAUCAAAAUGAUGGUAGUUUGCUGUUUAUUUUAUCCUUUUGUGUUCAUUUUCUUUUAGCAGGUGACCUUUCUUCAUUAGGAACUGUUCUUUUCAAAGAGCCACCUUGCUCUUUGAAAAGGAGUUGAUGGAGGAAUUGGCAGGUGACUGCCAAGUAUUUGAAAAGAAUGUGCAUCUGAAUCACUUCAGAACUUCUUUGGCCAGGAACUCCUGAUUGGUGUUAAGGUGAUCAUUUCCCUCACAUGCUUUUACUUAGAAUCAUAGGAUUGUAGAGCUAGAGUUUAUUUAGUCUCAUUUUACUGAUGAGGUUAGAUGUUUCAUUCAGUUCAGGUAACAGCUAGUUAGUAACAGUAAAGUUCCUGACUCAGUGCUGCUCCGGUAUUCUCUACAACUGUCUUAAUUGAAUGUGCUGUAUGUUUCUUUAAAAAUUAGGAGUUCUGCUUGAUGUCUGCUUUCAAGUACCUCAGGAAGAUACUUGAAAAGAUGUGCUAUGUUUCUAUAAACAUCAUCAAGUAUUCAAACUUGUUUAAAUGCGUGUACUAAGUACAACCCUAAUUAGCGAAAAAGCUUCAUUUUAAUCCUUCUAAAACUAUGCUUAAUACAAAUGGUCUUUUCCAUUAGGUGUAUGCAGCAAAAAUGUUUCAGCACUGGCAGGAGCACAGCUAACAGCCUUAUUUGAGAGAGCCUUAUAAAACAGUUCUUUAUUUUCAACAGAGGCACUGAGCUCAUUACCUUAAGUUUACUGUAUGCUCAUCUUCAGUCCCAUUUCUUAUUGAAAAUCACAUAAUUCUUUAAAAAAAAAAAAGACAAAUGAAAUGACAGGGCCUAGCUGUGUGUAUAAUUGAUCCUUGCUAAAUAUCUUGAGAUUUUUUUGUAAAAAAAAAAAAACCCCCAAAACAAAAAGCUUAUCUUCACAUUAAAAUGGAACCAUCUUUUGCAACUUCAGAAUUCUAUGAAAAGCGGUUUUUUCAUAUUUUGUGUCCAUGCAUCUUUUUUCUUAACAACAAAGUGGUUUACAAAAAAGAACGUAAACAAUUUGUGACCUGGCCAGUUGUACUUUUAGCUCCCGGAGGGCAAGGAUUGGUGUUGCGUUUAGGAAAAACCAUGCAGGAAAACCUGAGGGAGCUGUUGCCAGUGAUGUUUCUUGUGUGUGCCAUUAACCACCUCCAUGAGAGGAGGGAGCAUUCACUUUUUAAUUUUGAAAUUGUAUUUGGAAUUGUUGCUGUGUACUAAGAACUUGACCUAAAUAAAACCCACAAAGUAUA